UCCGUCCGGGCUCGGGGCGGCGGCGGCGGCUGCAGGAGCUGGAGCGGGAGGAGGAGUGGGCCGGGGAGCCGGGGCCGGGCGGAGUUUCAGGUGGGAGACAAAGUUUUGGCAGCUGCUGCUCCUUUGUGAGACUGAAAAUGCCGGCAGAGGGAACAGAGUCCCCGGCUGAGAGAGAGUUCUUCAAGGAUGCCACGUUCCCUGCCUGUGAUUCUUCCCUCUUCUGCACCUUUUCCACUCCCCUGGCCCAGUUCCGAGAAGAGAUCACCUGGCUUCGCCCACAGGAAAUUUGCUCAACUCCCCGACUGUUCCCAGAUAACCCACAGGAAGGCCAGAUAAAGCAAGGGAUUCUGGGAGACUGCUGGUUUCUCUGUGCCUGUGUAGCUCUCCAGAAGAACAAACAUCUCUUGGAUCAGGUGAUUCCCCCAGGACAGCCCAGCUGGCCGGAUCUAGCCUAUCGCGGCUGUUUCACCUGCCGGGUGUGGCAGUUUGGACAGUGGGUCGAGGUGACUGUGGAUGACCGCCUGCCCUGCCUUGGGGGGCGGCUGUGCUUUUCCCAGUGUCAGACAGAAGAUGUAUUCUGGCUUCCCUUGCUGGAAAAGGUGUACGCCAAGUUCUACGGGUCCUAUGAACAGCUGUGGGCGGGGCAGGUGGCAGACGCCUUGGUGGAUCUAACCGGAGGCCUGGCGGAAAGGUGGAGCCUGAGGGACCCAGGGGGGCACAGGGAGGCGGCCCGGAGUCCCAGCAGCCUGGAGCCCGCGACCUUCCGGAAGCUGCUGGGCCUCAAGGACCAGUGUGUGAUAAGCUGCUCGGUGCUCAGCUCCAGGGGAGGGGCCAGCGAAUUGGGGGAGUUUCACGCCUUCAUCAUCUCGGACGUGCGGGAGCUGCGCAGCAGUCUGGGCAGGGAGGUGCUCCUGCUCCGGAUUCUGAACCCGUGGGGUCGGCGAUGCUGGCGAGGGCCCUGGAGAGAGGAGGGCGAGGGCUGGAGCCAGUUGGAGCCAGAAGAUGCCGCGGAUCUCUUGUCUCAGCUCCAGGAAGGGGAGUUCUGGGUGGAAGAGGAGGAGUUUAUCCGGGAGUUUGACGAGAUCACCAUCAGCUACCCCAUCACCGAGGAGGGUCACCUGCAGAGCCUCUACACUGCAAAGGUGUUACGUCAUACCCAGAAGCUGCCCGGGGCCUGGGUCAAAGGGCAGUCGGCCGGAGGUUGCCGGAACAACAGCAGUUUCCCCAGCAACCCCAAGUUCUGGCUGCGGGUCUUGGAACCCAGCGAGGUGUGCAUCGCCCUCCUGCAGAGGCCCCAGGUGUGCCAGGCCGACUGGGCGGGCCGGAUCCUGGCCCCGCCUCCAGGCCGAGGGGGCAGAGCCGCCCUGAGCCCGCGGGGCCUCCCGGGGAAGGAGCACCAGGCCGUGGGGCUCCACGUGUGGAAGGUGGAGAAGAAGCGGGUCAGCCUGCCCGCGCUGCUGUCCGCCCCCCCGGUGGCCGGCACCGCCUGCCACGCCUACGACCGCGAGGUCCACCUGCGCUGCAGCCUCUCUCCCGGCUACUACCUGGUGGUCCCCAGCACCUUCCUGAAGGACGCCGCCGGGCACUUCCUGCUGCGCGUGUUUUCCAGCGGCAGGAUCUCCCUCAGGGAAAUCCAGCCGGCCUCGGCCGCCACCUCCCCCCGCGAAGACCUCGCUGCCGGGGAGUGGGAGACAGUGCAGCUGAAGGGGCGCUGGCGAAGCGGGCACAGCGCGGGGGGCAGCAGGAACUUCCCGUCCUACCCCAGCAACCCCUGCUUCCCUCUCUCCGUGCCCCUGGGCACGGGCCCCCGCAGCGUCCGGGUCACGCUGCGCCAGCACUGCCAGGACAGUGAGUGCCACCCCAUCGGCUUCCACAUCUUCCAGAUGCCGGAGAGCGGCUGGCCGCGGGGGGCCGCCUCCCUGCUCCACCUGGAGCCCCUGCUCAGCUGCGUGCCCCACCGCUACGCCCAGGAAGUGAGUCGCCUGUGCCGGCUGCCCGCGGGCACUUACAAGAUCGUGCCCUCAACCUACCUGCCCGACACCGAGGGAGAGUUCACCGUCGUCAUAGCAACCCAGAUAGACAGGAGGCCGAUUCGGAGCCAGGAGACCCUGGGGCAGCUCCUGCAGGAGGUCUCCUUCACAGCAGUGAUGAAAAGGUAACUGGCAGUGCCCCGAGGAGCGCUUUCGGCGCCGAAGGCUGAGGCCCUCGAGGGCACCUGGUGCCACGCUCUCUGCCGCGGCCGCGCGGGCUCCUGUCUGCCCCUCCCCAGUGCCCCGCACCUGAUAUACCUCAUUUCUUCAGCUCCACGUUGCCAAUUUUUCAAGCCUUGAUUUUAUAGAGACCUCACUGUACUUGACUGGAACAUCCCCUCUCAUAGAAGAACCUCAGGCUUGUGGGAAGCCAGGAGCCCCUGCUCCUCUCCUCCAGCCCCGUCCCCAGGGCGCCAGGACUUCCUGCCAUGGCCAGAGGGGGGAAGCCCUGGGACCCUGGGCCAGAAUGCUGGGUUGAAAAUUGUAUCAAUUCAUAGCUGGAGGCUAUGCUGCGCUGCUGGAGGAGCUUGGAGAAACCACUUUACAAAUGAGGACAUGGGACCCUAGAGGAAAGACCCCCGAGGUCUUGUAGGUGGGGGGUCGCCACGGCAGCUCCACCGCUCCCUCCCGGAACGGGAAAUGAUUUCAGCAGAGAGGCUCCAGGACCGUGGCGGCUCAGAUUGGGGGGCGGCAGGAAAGGAGAGGCCGCGAUCUGUGCCGGUUCCAGCUGUGAUGGGAGCGAGAGGAAGAUCAGGGAGGCAGAGGUGACCCUGGCUGGCCCAAGGUGGGUCAAGAACGGGGCCUCAGGGAGAGGGCAGGGGGCUGCUCCAGUACUGGGGUUUUCUCCGGCAAGAAGUACCUGGGGACUGGGAAAGAGGCGCCAAAAUGGCCAAAGGGAGCUGAAACCCAAGACGAAUCAGGAAGUGGAAGCAGCGCUCUUGGCUCCCAGGGACCAGACAAGGUCCCUCUUAGGGUGGGUCUUCUUGGAAAGCUUCUGGAGAACAAAUCUGGAACAAAACUGGCUGGAUUUUCGAAAUGGGGAACGGGCUGGAGCCUUCUGCCGUUUACUGGAACCGUGGCUCGGAGCCCGGAGUUCUCAGAAAUGUCAUUCCGUUCGGCAAGCAGUGAGUGCUCAGUUUGUGCAGGACACUCUGCUGGGCACCGGGGGGUGGGGAAGGACAAUAACAUGGCCCCUGCCCUCAAGGCACUGACUUCUCUGUGGGGCCAAAUCCCACAUAUACGUCCCGAAUGUUUGGAGAACAACUGAACAGCCGGGAACCAGCCCCUGAGCCCUGAAGGGAGCGCUGGCCAGAAGCUGAAGAGACCGAUUUUGACUUGUUAUGGGGGAAAACUGGCCAAGAGCGCUCAGGUGCCCGCCAGAGGAGGCGUCCCUCUCCCCGGGGCCUCACUUGGACACAGGCCCUGGCACAGAUGUUGUGGAGGAGGUCCCUGUUCAGGAAUCAGAGGGACUGGGCAGCCCUGUGGUCUCUUCCAGCAUGAGACUGAGAGAACCUGGUUCUCAUGGCGGCUGCUAUCAAGGACCUCUGACUUUCCUCGGUGUGGUGCGUACCAAGAUGCAGAUUGCAGCCCAUCUCUUAACACCGUCUCACACUGAUGGAACUGCAGAGAAGCCAAGGGACCCCCUGCCAGCCAGCGCUAAGUGUUAGCAUAUGGCCCCGGUUCUCCGGACUCCCGAGUUCAGCACUGUGUCCUCUACGUUGCACUGCCUCUCUUGACGUCUGCAAUAUUCAAAAUCAUCUCCUGGUGAAUGCAGAAAGAUGCUCUAGCAUCAGGAAGAAAUGUAUUAUGAAGCUGUUUUUUAUUUGAAACAUUUUUAAGAUUGUAAUUUUUAUAAUAAACACAUAAAUUUUAAAAAAAAAUUAAGUUUUAUUUAAAGUUGCCAUGACGGUGCUAAUUAAAUAAAUUACACUUUUAUUUUGA